GCAUGUCGAUAACGAAAACAUAUCGAUCGCCGCUUACCCAAAAUUAUGUUUAAGCACGUGAAAAAACAGCUGUGAGCUUACCGGUGGACUUGUAAAAUUGUGAUGAAAUUUUGGUACGUUUUCACCGUGCAAAAUAGAUCAUAUUGGCAAGGUCGUGAUGGUUUGAGAUAAGAAUUUACGAAUUUGUUUCUUGUGAUUAAGUGGUAGAAAGUGUGGCGUUGAGAUGGGGUCAACGGGGAUCACUUUGGCGGAUCUGCCGAAUAUUUUUAUAAUGAUAGGCGCUCUGGUAGCGCUAUUCAUAAUGCUAGUCAUACUUCUGAGGAACAUGGAAGUAAUAGGCAUCGUGGGGGAAGGUCGCGACGACGCGUGGCGUAGAGCUAUCCAACCCCCACGGCUGCUCAUGCAGCGGGUCCACAUUCCUUUCACCUUCAAGCUACAGGAGAACCAGCCUAUAGGUUACAAUGGUGUCCACUGCGUUGUGUCGUCGACUGUUCGCUACUGGUACGCCAGCUGGUGGGGAGUACCAGUCACGGAUCUUCACAGAACUCUCUGGGGAUCCCUCCCAGAGAUCCUCGCAUCACACCAUUUAGACUUCAAAGGGAGCAACCCACACGCUGAGCGGCCUUUAAAGCUGUGCACAGACGAGCCGCCAACGCUAGGACAGCCACCACGGACGUGCUAUCCACUUGUCGUGCUGUUAGCUCGCGACCAACGCGACACGGCGGAGCUGCGGCCUGAUGAUACGGUAGCGCUAGUAAGCGUGAUCCACAUCCGUGACGACCAGUGCCCGCUCCCCAGCGGUAUUCUCGCGCAGUACCUGAAGCAGGCCAAUGGACAUCUCUCCUGUUUAAAGCGAUUAUACGUGACUCCCGGCUCCCCGGGAGAGGCGGAGGGCUACGCGGCGGCCGACGGCGCGGCCGUGGAGGCGCUGUGCUGCGUGUGCGCCGCGCAGCCGCUGUCGCGCGCGCUGCUGCCCUGCCGACACGCAUGUCUCUGCGCGCAUUGUCUACCGAAACUAGACAAAUGUCCUAUCUGCCGAAGCACGAUUUCGUCAUACUUCUGCAUCACGAACGAUGAGGAACCAUUGAGCGAGCUCAAACAACAGAGAUUUCCCUUCAAUAGAAGACUAUUCAAUCUGUUCCAUUAUCAUUAAAGUGAAGAUCUUUGUUAAAGUGAGGAUCAUUUUCAUUAAAGUGAGUAAAAUCUUCAUUAAAGUGUAGAACAUUGAAAUUUAAAUUAGGCUUGUCGUCAUUAAGCUGAGUAAAAUUGUCAUUAAAGUGAAACUUGUGAAAAUGAAGUGAAGAUUGCUUUCGUUCAAG